AUGUCGCAGGCGUGCGCCACUCGCCACUCCUGCUCCUCCGUCGUUGCUGCCGUUUCGCACCGCGGCCGCGCUGCGUUCUUACGCCGCUUCUCGUCGGCCGCCCGCGCGCCACCCGUCAUCGACCUCUCGCCUCUGCGCGACGGCGGGCUCUCCUCCUCGUCGCCGCUCGUUCGCGAGGUGGCCGACGCGUGCGAGCAGUGGGGCUUCUUUCAAGUGGUCGACCACGGCGUCGACGAGGACCUAUGCGCGCGGGCGGAGGAGCAGCAGCGCGCCUUCUUUGCGCUGCCGAUGGAGGUCAAGGAGUGCAUGCGACGCUCGGCCGACAACAGCCGCGGCUGGUACAACGACGAGCUGACAAAGCAAAGGCGCGACUGGAAGGAGGGCCUCGACUUUGGCAGCACGCCUCCGAUGGACUGGUCGCUCGCCGACGCUGACGCUCGCAACGGCACCCUCGACAGCAGCAGCUUCCCUGGCACCCUCGACGGGUACAACCGCUUCCCGCCCGCCGACCUGCUGCCGUCCUUUCGACCGACGAUGCUCGAGUACUACGACGCCCUCGCCGGCGUCGCGACGGGGCUGGCGCGCCCUCGGGGAGAUCUAGGCAUAUGCAUGCCCGCCGACUUCUUCGAGCCGUACCUGCGCCGCACGCAGCACACCUCGUACUUGCGCCUCAACUACUACGCGCCGUACACGGGCGAGGACCCGACCCAGCUCUGCAUCUCGCCGCACAAGGCGGGGUGGAUGCCACCACCGACGCUCCUGCGAGACGCGGGCUUCUUGACGGUGUUGCGCCAGGACGUCGGCUGCCACUCGCUUCAGGUUCGCGACCGGCAGGCGCCCGACGGGUGGGUGACGGUGCGGCCGGAGCCGGCCGCCUUCACCAUCAACACGGGCGACAUGGCGCAGAUCUACAGCAACAACCGCUACCAUGCGCCAGAGCACCUCCGAGAUGCGCCCGAGCACCGCGUGCUCACUUCGCCGAGCACGCCGCGCUACUCGGCCCCCUUCUUCUACAACCCGGCAUACACCGCCGCCGUGCAGCCGCUGCCUUCGCUCGGCGCGCCGCACUUCGACCGGUGCGUCUGGGGCUACUUCCGGGCGAUGCGUUUCGCGGGCGAUUUUGCCGACUACGGCGAGGAGAUCCAGAUCUCCGACUUCGCGAAGGGGAGCGGCUCGUGGCACGUGAGCAAUCAGUCGCGCUUCAUGGCCGAGGUCGAUUUCGACGCGUCGUUCGACGUGGAGGCGAUGCGGCCGCUGCUGACGAGGAGCAGCGCCUGAGACGCAUAGGACUUUCGCGCGCGACCGCCCGGAUUGCCGCUAUUUACUAGUAUUAAUAGGACUGUGGGAGUCAAAAGAGGAACGCUGUCGAGUACGUGUCGAUAUAUGAUCGUUCGUGACAUCGCAUUGCUGGGCCA